AUGGAUAUCGAUGUUGAGUUGAACCAAAUCCUGACAACUGUUCUCUCCCUAGAAGAAGACUAUCCUUUGCCACGGAAUGAAUACAAAAAAGAUGGCUUCACUUGUGUUCUUGGGGAAUUACCUGAUAUUUUUCAAUCAGUGCAAAGUCGACUACCUCAUUUCUACUCAGGGCUUCUACAACAGAAUCAUGAGGAUCCCUGCUCAUUAUUGAGAAUCUCACAUGAAACUAAGACAAACCAAACUCUGGAUCCUAAGGACCAAGAUGAUUAUAUAAACAAAUCGCAAGGGACAUACAAGGGCAACAAAAGGCCAUGUCAUGCAGAGCAGACAGAAGGAUGUAAAAGACAGAGGUGCAUGAAUGAUAUUUAUUUGCCAAUGGCCUCAAACAGCAGAACGGUGAAAAGAACACAGUUCAGCAUGGAACAGACGGCAUACUUGCUAAAUCAGUUUGAACUGGAUCCUUAUCCAGACUUUGUUAGAAGAUGUCAAAUUGCAAAUCUAUCGGGAAUCCCUGAACCAAGGAUACAGGUUUGGUUUCAAAAUAGAAGAGCAAGACAUCUCAUGGAACCAAGAACUACUAGAAGCAACCUUGAAAGCCAUUGA